AUGAAUUAUAAGUUACAAGGGCUUGAAAUCCAGUCUCAACUUGAAAUGGAAUCACUGGACAACAGUUCAAUACAUGAAUUUGAGGAUGAGAGUCUUUUUACUCCGGGGGCUGAGGCUCAAAAGACACAUUCUAUGCAAGCAGUGGGGGAAUGUUCAUUGUCACGGGGUUCACAAGCUAGUGGUGAUAAAGUGUGGAGAAAUAUAUGUAGAAGCAUAAAGACUGUAGUUUUCUCAACUAAGCUCAACUUGCUUAUGCCCUUUGGACCUCUAGCAAUAUUUGUAUAUAAGUUAACUGGCCAUAAUGGCUGGGUCUUUUUCUUGAGCUUGUUGGGCAUAACACCUUUGGCUGAGCGUUUAGGUUAUGCUACAGAGCAGCUGGCGUUCUAUACUGGAGCUACUGUUGGGGGUCUUUUAAAUGCUACUUUUGGAAAUGCAACAGAACUGAUUAUAUCAAUUUAUGCACUGAAACGUGGAAUGUUACGCGUUGUUCAGCAGUCGUUGUUAGGUUCUAUUCUGUCAAACAUGCUGCUGGUGCUUGGUUGUGCAUUCUUCAGUGGUGGGCUUGUUUUUCAUGAGAAGGAACAGGUGUUUAACAAGGCCACUGCUGUUGUGAACUCAGGGUUGCUGUUAAUGGCAGUCAUGGGCCUACUUUUUCCAGCUGUUUUGCACUAUACUCACACUGAGGUGCAUUUUGGGAAGUCAGAGUUGGCACUUUCAAGAUUUAGCAGUUGCAUCAUGCUUGUGGCAUAUGCCACGUAUCUUUUCUUCCAGUUAAAGAGUCAAAAGAAUCUGUAUGUUCCUCUGAAUGAGGAAGUGAGUCAGAAUGAAGAGAACUCAGAUGAUGAUGAAGCUCCUGAGAUCUCUAAAUGGGAAUCAAUAAUUUGGCUUUCAAUAAUGACGGCUUGGAUCUCAAUCCUAUCAGAAUAUUUAGUUAAUGCCAUAGAGGGAGCAUCUGUAGCAUGGAACUUGCCGGUUGCAUUUAUCAGUGUUAUUUUGCUCCCAAUUGUGGGUAAUGCUGCAGAGCAUGCUAGUGCGAUUAUGUUUGCCAUGAAGGACAAGCUUGACAUUUCUUUGGGAGUGGCAAUAGGGUCAUCAACGCAGAUAUCCAUGUUUGGGAUUCCUUUUUGUGUAGUUGUUGGGUGGAUUAUGGGGCGCCCUAUGGACUUGAACUUUCAGCUUUUUGAGACAGCAACACUUUUUAUAACUGUCUUAGUUGUAGCCUUUAUGCUGCAGGAUGGAACCUCUAAUUACUUCAAAGGGUUGAUGCUUAUUCUUUGUUAUCUGAUAGUCGCCGCAAGUUUCUUUGUUCAUGUAGAUCCUUCUCCAGCAGAUGAAACACAAUCGAAAACGUAG